GACUGAGGGAUAUAUGUGCUUUUGCAAAGGAAACCAACUUCUCCAUGGGGUAACCAUACCAAGCAUGUGAUUUUGGCGAAUGGGAAACAUGUUUUGCUUCGAGAGGCAAAGAAAGUACCCAUACCAUUGAUAUUGUGAGGACAUGUGGCAGUAGAGACCAGUGAGCCUUGAGGAGAGACUAUGGGGGACUGGAACCUGCUGGGCAGCAUCUUGGAGGAAGUACAUGCCCACUCCACCAUCGUAGGAAAGAUCUGGCUCACCAUCCUCUUUAUCUUCCGCAUGCUGGUGCUGGGAGUGGCGGCCGAGGACGUGUGGGACGAUGAGCAGAGCGAGUUCAUCUGCAACACGGAUCAGCCGGGCUGCAAGACCGUCUGUUACGACCAGGCCUUCCCCAUCUCCCUCAUCCGCUUCUGGGUCCUGCAGGUCAUCUUCGUGUCCUCGCCCUCCCUCGUCUACAUGGGCCACGCGCUCUACCGCCUGCGUGCCCUGGAGAAGGAGAGGCACCGGAGGAGGGUCCAGCUGAAGGCAGAGCUGGGGGAGACGGAGGCGCUGGUGGAGGAGCACAAGCGCAUUGAGAAGGAGUUGAAGAGGCUGGAGGAGCAGAGGAAGGUGAAGAAGGCUCCACUGAGAGGGUCCCUCCUGCGGACGUACGUCAUCCAUAUCCUAACACGCUCCGUGGUGGAGGUGGGCUUCAUCAUGGGCCAGUAUAUCCUGUAUGGCAUUGGACUGGAACCUCUUUAUAAAUGCGAGAGGAUGCCUUGCCCCAACAGCGUGGACUGUUACGUGUCCAGGCCUACGGAGAAAACAGUGUUCAUGGUGUUCAUGAUCGUCAUUGCCGGGGUGUCUCUCUUCCUGAACCUAAUGGAGAUUUCCCACCUGGGCAUCAAGAAAAUCAAACAGACUCUGAAGGGAGACAAGUACCCAGCAGACAACGACAGUUUGAUUUAUAAGCCGAAGAAGAAAGCGAUGAUACAGCAACUGUGUGUGAUGAGGAAACUGUCUUCUCACAACGGGCCGCUGACUCAGACCAUCUUCAAAGUCAUUCCUGAGGAGGAUCUGAACCCAAUGGACCCACCUCCCCACUACAUACCUAACCACGAGGUGCCCAGGCACAACAGCGUGGCUCCAGGCCAGUACCUGGCCAACUGCACUGGCCUCCAGCCCCAUCAGCACUACCAGCAGCAGCAGCAGCAGCUCCAGCAACGUCAGCCCAGCCAAGGGAUGAUCCAGACCCUGCACCUCCAGGGAGCCCCAGAGAACCACACCACCACCAUGGUAGACCAGCACCCUCCAGCCUACGGUGGAGUUUUCUUGAAUGGAGACAGUGGGCCCAGGAACCUGCAGGGUCAGCCGAACCAUAAGGACCCCAAUUUACACCCUCAAGACCACUACCAGCCCAGCCACAUGGAAGUAGUACCUGUGCCUAUUGCAACACACAGACCCAGCAUCAUGACAACACACAGACCAAGCUUGGCUCCAAGGGACAUAGACCUGGAGGAAGAUAGGAGGAAAUCAAUGGGCAGCGACUUCCUCUUGCCUAACCCAGGAAGGAAGCAAAGCUUCAUGACACGUAUGCCCUCUGAGAGCAUGUCCACCAUCAGUGACUGCAGCAGCAACUCUCUACGGACAUCUGACUCUGAAUUGGGCGACAUGGGGGACAUGCCCAUGAUGCCACCCCCUGGAAGGAGAAUGUCAAUGGCAAGUAGAGCCAAGAGACAGGCAGCCUCUGACCUAGUGGUUUAG